AUGAGAAAUAGCUCGAUUUUUCGAGGGAUCGAUGACCGAGUAUCUCUUCGUGCUUGAACUCGGUCUAGUUCGAGUAUGCUGUCCAAAAAUUUGGCGUGUACUCGAGCUCGACUCAAUUUCAGAAUUUAGGCCUCGUUGCAUCUCAAUUAUUUCUCACAAGUUGAAAAUUUGAAGCUGUGAAGUUGAAGCACACAAAUUGACAACCUCAGAUCGAUUUUUUCUACCAAUUUCUACCAAUUUUUCCCAGUCAGAUGGGAACCCUGCAUAUCUUAACGGGAAGCCCGAAAACUUGAUGGUGAUCAAGUAUUACAUACAUACGUAAGUUGAUUAAAUUGUGGCAUCCCAACUGACCUCACCUGACAAAGUCGAAUCAUGCAAAAUCGCUUAUCAGUAUUUCACAAUUCCAAUAAAAUUGGACGAAUCGAUCAUUCUUGACGUUCCACUUCCGCUCAUUUGCGUCAUUGGGGGUCACCCACUUUGCAUUAUUUGAUAUCCCGUCCAUCUGUUCAUUGUCGUUAUCCAGGCUGGUGCAGUAUAAAACUAAUUUCUUUUCAUAAAACUUAGUCAGUAUGGCCUGCCAGCACAUCGCGUAGACAAUAAAGAAGUACCCACACUGUAAAAAAUAAUGCUACCCUUUUGAAAAAUUGUAGAUUCGUAUCCCAAAAGCAUCUUAAAUCGGUGACCCUUACCUUCCUUCAUUCAGCUAAACCUUUGUUACCAUUAUCAAUCGAAAUGGUGCAUUACAUAUUAACAAUUUUCGUCACUCUGUCCUUCGUACUAGCUUCAAGAGCCUGGUUACUGGACGACCUAAUCCGUAACGGGACAAAGCUUGAAUGGACUUAUGAGCGGAAAGGGGUCAAGUAUUAUAUGACACCGGACAUGACGGCGGACGUGAUAGACUCGCCUCGACUUCGGUUCAAUGUAACUUACACAACCACCUUACCGACCGACCCAACAGCCACAACCACGCCUGAUCCACCAACCACAACUGAAGAUCCCGCCACACCUCACAGUUCCACAUCUCCUCUGACAACCGGACCAACAAUGCCGACCACGCCCGGUCCAGAAAUGCUUCACACACUAUUCCUCGCCGGCACGUGGGAAUAUGUGACUGUGCUAGGAAAUAUUUUGACGACUAAUUAUACCUCGGAAACGUUCUUCACUCUGAUUCCAGUGACGGGAGGGGAAAAUCAAUUUCAUCUUUUUUACGAUGGAGAAACCUUCGUAGCUCCGAGGACAAGGGCGCCGUUCGAGUUCUUCCUCCAAUCCCAGUUUCCUGCUGAACCGCCGGCUGUAUUCUCUCUAGAGCCGUAUAAAUUCUACUUGAACUCGUCAUAUGGAGGUACGCGCAGCCGAAUUCGGACUACGCUUCAAGAAAUUGAACGACUCCCAACCGAAGCAGAACGUUUGGUUGCCUUCCAAGACCUGAUUGAACAAAUGAACGUCUUCAACCAUAUUUUAGGUGGGAAUGAAGCCUUCCAAGUCGGGGAUUGUAUUCGACGUUCGAUUUCCUCCAUGUACACACCUUGCCCUUCCGCAUGCUACCUGAGCAGGUUCAACUUGUGACUCAAUCAGCCUCGGAAGAUUUCCUUCUCAAGCUCCCCGGCCUUAGCCCAGCUGGUGACGUAAUCCCGAUGAGCGAACAUGUCGCCUGGCUGCAACCUUGGCCGCUUUACCCAUUCACUUUUAGCGGGGAUAGAAUUAGAUCAGGUAGUGGCCAGUACUGGGUACUGGACACCAAUAAGAAUCUUCGGUCAGAUAUUUCCCCACCCUCGGGUACCUUUGUCCCGCACUUUUCCACAAACACCACCGAGUCCUUUCUCGUAUCUACAGAUCACAACUAUUUUCUCACAUUUAUUGGUGGAAACAGUACGUCCCGAACAUUUGUGUCAUGGUUAAGCAGUCCAACCUUUUCUCACGCUGCAUUUAUCGCUUCCCGUUACGAAGUCAACGUCGGGGAUAUGUAUGGAAGCAAAAAUAAGCCCCUUAUCCCAGUGGUGGCACAUAUAAUAAGGAAAUAUUCCCCCCUUCCAGAAUUAGGCCAAAAGUUUGAACAACUUAUCUCCGCCGUUGAAGAUAAUGGACAUAUGGCGGGAAAAGAGAUAUUUUCCGUUGGGGCAAUCAUGUCACAGUCUUCCCUUCCCAGUAACCAUCCCGCCUUCUCUAUGUUGCCUGAGGUGGUUCGAGUGAUAAUAACGAGAAAUACGUCAUUGACAUUCCAAGACCUUAAUGGGGUAACUUAUCCAAUGAAGUAUUCCUAGGCAUCAGACCUUCACGAAGGUAUACAGUCUUAUUCGUUUCGAAUUUCCCCGCCACCUAUGGCCAAUGAGACGUUUUCUCCAGUUAAAUACUGCAUCGUUUACGGAUUCGGGGGCGACAUUCAACAGCAGCGAGUUUAUAUUGACCCGACGACAAAACGCCUCACUCAAGAACUUCUGAGUUCUGAUGGCCUCGUUUACGACCUAGAGCUCCACCUUGAGCAGGAUUUAGAGUUGGUAAAUAUUCGGUGGAAUAAUACACCAGUGGGGACGCCGGACAUGGUGCCAGACUUUUAUUUUCAUGCUGGAAACCAGUUGCGAAAUGCCAGUUUUACGAUGGUAGAGUUUACAGUUUAAAAAAAUUUCAUCCUGUCCAUGUUUUACUAAUGUGUGAUUACUGAACAUUAUGCGAAAGAUUACUUAUAAGUACAAUCCAAAGCUUAAAUUUAAUCCAGUUACACUUUCUACAGUCAAAAUAAAGUGGUCAUGAAUGGAGAGAAAUUUUAUGAUUACAUUGUUGAAUUUGAAACCCAAUAAAUUGUAGUAACUAUCACG